CCGGGAGGCGCGUCCCCGCUGAGGACUGUCAUCCCUGCGAACAGAGAGAGAGGGAGGGAGAGAGAGAGCGCGGCGGCGAGCGGGGCGAUCGCGAGAGGAAAGGCAAGUUCCAGGGAAAGUUGACUCGGACUGGCACAGCCUGCAAAAAAAAAAAAGUCGAUCGCCAGCGGGAGCAUAAAAGUGCGGGCGGCCGGGGCGCGGCGGCAGCAGCUCGUCCUCCUCUUCCUCUCCCGCUCCGCUCCCUCGCCCGCCCCGCGGCUCAGCGGCCGCAGCGGAGCGCCGCGACCCGCGGGAUCCCCGCGGCACCCUCGGCAGGGCGGCCGAGCCCCAGGGGAGCCGAGCUCGAGCGGGCUCGGCGUUUUUUCGGCUCUGAGGAGGAACCCCGCCAACCAUCAAGAUUUUGUCCAAAAGCAGACAAGAGGAUCGCCCUGCGCUGAGCCGGCUGGUGGGCAGCAGGCGGCGGCUGAUAGCGGCCGGCGCGCUGGGGGUGGUGAUGGUGCUGCUGCUGGUCAUCCUCAUCCCGGUGCUGGUCAGCUCGGCCGGCACCUCGGCGCACUACGAGAUGCUCGGCACCUGCCGCAUGGUCUGCGACCCCUACGGCGGCACCAAGGCGCCCAGCACGGCGGCCACGCCCGACCGCGGGCUCAUGCAGUCCCUGCCCACCUUCAUCCAGGGGCCCAAGGGGGAGGCCGGCCGGCCGGGCAAAGCGGGGCCGCGGGGCCCGCCGGGGGAGCCGGGGCCGCCCGGCCCGGUGGGGCCGCCGGGUGAGAAGGGCGAGCCGGGGCGGCAGGGCCUGCCGGGGCCCCCCGGGGCGCCGGGGCUGAACGCGGCCGGGGCCAUCAGCGCCGCCACCUACAGCACCGUGCCCAAAAUCGCCUUCUACGCCGGCCUCAAGCGGCAGCACGAGGGCUACGAGGUGCUCAAGUUCGACGACGUGGUCACCAACCUCGGCAACCACUACGAUCCCACCACCGGCAAGUUCACCUGCUCCAUCCCCGGCAUCUACUUCUUCACCUACCAUGUGCUCAUGCGGGGCGGCGACGGCACCAGCAUGUGGGCCGACCUCUGCAAGAACAACCAGGUUCGAGCUAGUGCCAUCGCUCAGGAUGCUGAUCAGAACUACGACUACGCCAGUAACAGCGUGGUCCUUCACCUGGAGCCAGGAGAUGAAGUGUACAUCAAAUUAGAUGGAGGAAAAGCACAUGGAGGAAACAACAACAAAUACAGCACAUUUUCUGGAUUUAUUAUUUAUGCUGACUGAUAAUGAGUAAAAAGACCCACCAAACCAGUCGAGAAACGAAGCCUGCUCUUCUAAGCGAUGGAUUGCGUGGCAAAAGUCAAUGAAACAAGCACCCCAGCAGAGAGUGACCACUGAACACCUCAGCAGUGGGGGGAAAUGUUGAAUGCUACCUGAUUCACAUCUGUACAACACAGAGAAACCUUAUGUUAAAAACCACAAACCAAGUUAAGCAGAUGUGCGAUCCACUUCCGCCAAAGCAAAUACUUCCUCAUUGUUACGUGUCCAUGUGAAUGAAGUUCUGCAUAGAUCAGAUUUUUAUAGGCAAGGAAAGCCCACCUAAGGACACUGAGUUAUUUCUUCAGUGUAUAUGAUACUUUGAUGUGUUAUGAUCUUGCUGCUUUAUCCAUACUUCAGCUUUGGUUCUUGUGACUUACCUGCUAACAAUGAUGCUUGGAGUCCACUCAUAGUGUGGUGAGGAAUGAUUUUACAAUAAAAGGAAGAGGUAAUCAAAAUAUACUUUCUCUCUGAAAAGAAAUUGUUUGCCUUGUACUUUUCUUACCCUUCCACGUAAAACUAGAAACUAAUCAGCUUUAAGCCUUAACUCAAUGUUUCUGUUCUGUAGGUUUACAUUAGACUUUUAACAAAAAAAUCAAUCCAGUGGAGUUAUUUAAAUUUUGUCUUUCCCUUAGCUGUCCUCUAAAAGAAAAUGACAGAAGAAACACUAUUUUCCCCUUUAGAAUAUAAGACUUGACAAACUAUUCUAUUGGACCAUAUCCCUGAUUCCGCCAAAGCAAAUGGCUAAAUUCUCACUGCUAUUAGUGGAAAAGGGAUUUUAUUUUGUAUACAUGUAAAUAUAUAUUUAACAAUUAUUAGAGGCCCAUUGUUGAUGGUUAGUUGUGUAAAUAUUUAGAAAGCCUGGCAACCAUACCAUCAGACUAAGAGGCAGAGUGUUUUCUUUGCAGCAAUUAGUCUUCAUUAGUCUUCUAGCACUUAGUCUGUACCUGGGUUCUAUUUUUAAAAAAAUAGUUAUGGAUUAAUAUAGUGCAGAUGUUCCACUAGAAUUUCAUAGGAAUACAGAUGACCUUUAUUGUCUUAGGUGUCUUGUCUCACUGAAGUCAGUGGAAUUUUUCCAACAAAGGAAGAGUGGGAGAUCUGACACAUGAGAAAAUGCUGUCACACAGACCUUUUCGAUGGAAGCUAGUACCAGUUUGUGUAAGGUGUGCCUACGAGAUGGACACAGAGAAGCAUUUUACCAAAAAUGAUAACACAUAUGCAAAGAAAGAAGCAGAUAUUUACAUGCAAAAAAAGUGUGUUAUAAAACCUAUUUUUCUCAUUCAUAUAGAUAUAAAUAUAUAAAGUCUCAAAUAAGCUUAAUCCAUAUAGAGGAUUAAUGGCUUGGAGAAUAAACUAAACAGAGAUACAUAGUUAUAAAAUGCUUUAAAAUCAGUCAUAGCAGUAAUGUCCACAGAUUUUUUUUUUAUUCAGAAAAUGGAUUUAUUAUUUGCUUUGGUUUUGGGAGUCUAUUUCUCUUAGGUUAAAACUUUCAGAUUUCAUUCUAAACCUAAAUUUCAGCAAGAUUAUUAAAUUUCUUUAGCACAGUUUGUUAUGUUAUUUAUUUUCACCUUUCGGCAAAAUCAAGGUAAUAUUUCUGUAAAUCAUUAAAGAGUAACAGAGGCUACCCCUAGCAUUGCUAUUUCAUAUAUUCUGUCACAAGCAACCUUGUCUAAUGUAAUAAGGGUACAAACUUAGAUUUAUCUGCACUAAAAUUUCCAAAGUGUCUGCCACUCGGACAAAAAAGCUCUCCAGUGCUGGCUACUCAGCAAAAGUCUGAUAGGGAUUUUACACAUUGCCCUAAAAAUCUCGUUGGAAUGAGUGAACCUUUUCUCAAACAGAACGUGUUCCUCCUUCUGCUUUGAGUCGUUCAAUUCAAAACAAACGCCGAGCGAGCCCAGGCUGCGGAGAGGAUCGCCAGGCAAACUCAUCCAGGGUUUACAAGGGGACAUGGUGCUGCCAGCUGCUUGUGUAUUAUCUCACCAGAUGGGCAAUGCUUCUACCUUAUGACAAAGUGCCAGCUCAUGUCUGUGCAUUGUAGUGGUUACUCCUGUUUCAUUUCUACGAGGCGAUUAUUUCAGUACCUUAUGUGUACCUGACUUGUCUGCUCCUCCACUGUUGCUGUUGCUGGCCCGUGCACCCCCACAGCAGUGUAGCUAGAGAUUCCCUGUGUGGUGUCCAGCAGUCCUGCACCUAGAGCUAGAGAUCAUUCACAACCUGCAGUGUGCAUUUACCACGGUGUGUACUGGUAAAGCUCAAUACUACGAGACAUACAUGGUCAAAUUUGAAGAAGCUUCUGAAAUCAGGCUACCGCUGCUAUUGGAUAACACCAUUUUUUGGAUAAAUCACCUGCCCUGGUUAAAGUUAGACAAGAGCAAAGAACACACUUUAUGUGAAAACCACAUAUAAGGCAAACAUUUCUUCCUUUUUCAUCAUAUCUUGAUAUACUGAUUUGUAAAGACUUAUAUCACAACCUUUGUUAUAACUUAUACAACUCAUUAAAACUGUAUUAUGUAAUAUA